AUGGCCUUGGUUGAGAAGAUGAAGACCGUUGAGAGAUUAGAAGGUAGUCGUGGUAGCAAAGCUGCUAAGACUCAGGAGACUCAGGAGGGACCAUCUAGGUCCAAGAGAACUAGUAAAUUGGAGGAGACUCUGAACCAGUUCAUGCAGGUAUCUAUGAACAACCAGAAAAACACUGAAGCUUCCAUCAAGAAUUUGGAGGUGCAGGUGGGUCAGCUAGCUAAACAAUUAGCUGACAUGUCUAAAGGCCCAUUUUCAUCCAACACCAAGACCAACCCCAAGGAGUAUUUCCAAGCCAUAACAACAAGAAGUGGGAAGGUAGUUGGUAGUGAUAUUGGGGUGAGUGGUGACAAUGAGGGUGCUGAUAAUAAGGAAGAAAAUAGUAAACUAAAGGCGGUUGAGGAGGAGAUUGAGAAGAAUGAGGGAGAAAGCAAUAAAAAUGAGGGUGUAGAUAACUUACCUUACCCUCAUGCUCCUUCCAAGAAAGAAAAAGAAAGGCAGUUCCUGAGAUUUCUGGAUAUCAUUAAGAAGCUUCAGAUAAAUAUUCCCUUCACUGAAGCCAUGGAACAAAUGCCCACUUAUGCUCGAUUCAUGAAGGAAUUAUUAACUAAGAAGAGAAUAAUUCUUGAAGAAGAGACUGUGGAGCUUGAGGCAAGAUGCAGUGCUACUAUACAGAAGUCUCUACCUCAGAAGUCCAGAGAUCCAGGCAGUUUCACUCUCCCUGUAUCAAUCGGUAAUCUAUCAGUGGGUAAGGCACUCUUAGACCUUGGAGCUAGUAUUAACUUGAUGCCUUUAUCCAUGCUGAAGAAGAUAGGAGAAGUGGAAGUGAGACCUACAAGAAUGACCUUGUAG